AUGGCGCCUCACGCCGAAGAAAGCGUCGGCCAUGCGGAUGGGUUCAACGUGCAGACGGCACCAGCCAAGGAUCUCUUUGUCGUCAACUCUCCCAACGUCGAAUACACCGAGGACACCAUCAAGACCAAGUACACUUACCGUACCACCGACAUUACCCAGAACGCGGAUGGUAAGUACGUUGCCGUACCAAAGGAAACACUGUACGAUUUCAAGGUCGACCGCAAAGUUCCCAAAGUCGGUGUGAUGCUUGUAGGUCUUGGUGGUAACAACGGAACUACCGUUACCGCUGGUAUCAUCGCCAACAAGCGUAACUUGGUAUGGGAGACGAAGGAGGGUAAGCGCGCUGCUAACUACUACGGCUCGGUCAUCAUGAGUUCCACUACCAAGCUCGGAGUCGACAGCAAGACUGGCAAGGAGAUCCAUAUCCCCUUCCAUGACCUUCUGCCGAUGGUCCAUCCUAACGAUCUCGUUAUUGGAGGCUGGGACAUCAGUGGCAUGAAUCUGGCUGAUGCCAUGGACCGCGCCAAGGUUCUCUCGCCUUCCCUGAAGAUGCUGGUUCGAAAAGAAAUGGCUGCUAUGAAGCCGCUGCGUAGUAUUUACUAUCCAGACUUCAUCGCGGCUAACCAAGAGGAACGCGCCGACAACGUUCUGGAAGGCACCAAGGCCUGCAUGGCCCAUGUUGAGCAGAUCCGUAAGGACAUUCGUGACUUUAAGUCUAACAACGGCCUCGACAAGGUCAUCGUGCAGUGGACGGCCAACACAGAGCGUUAUGCCGACAUUCUGGAGGGCGUCAACGAUACUGCCGACAACCUCAUGAAGGCUAUCGAAUCUGGGCACGAGGAAGUUGCUCCCUCAACCGUCUUCGCUGUUGCGUCCAUUCUUGAAAACGUUCCUUUCAUCAACGGCUCUCCCCAAAACACUUUCGUCCCAGGUGCUAUUCAGCUUGCCGAGAAGCACGGCGCCUUCAUUGGCGGUGAUGACUUCAAGUCUGGCCAAACCAAGAUGAAGUCCGCCCUUGUUGAUUUCAUGAUCAACGCAGGUAUUAAGCUCACUUCCAUUGCAAGCUACAACCACCUCGGCAACAACGACGGCAUGAAUCUUAGCUCGCAGAAGCAAUUCCGUUCCAAGGAGAUUUCCAAGUCCAACGUCGUCGACGACAUGGUUGCUGCCAACAACGUUCUUUACAAGGAUGGCGAGCACCCCGACCACUGCGUUGUUAUCAAGUACAUGCCCGCUGUCGGAGACGACAAGCGCGCUCUUGACGAGUAUUAUGCAGAGAUUUUCUUGGACGGACACCAGACGAUCAGUCUGUUCAACGUCUGCGAAGACUCUCUUCUGGCUUCGCCUCUGAUCAUCGAUCUUGUGCUUGUCGCUGAGAUAAUGACUCGUGUCCAAUGGAAGGCUCACAGUGCUGGCCAGGAUGCUUCUGAAUACUCUGGUUUCCACAGUGUCCUCAGUAUCCUCAGCUACAUGCUCAAGGCUCCUCUCACACCUGCCGGUACUCCCGUCGUGAAUGCUCUUGCCAAGCAGCGUGCUGCUCUCACCAACAUUUUCCGCGCCUGCGUCGGUUUGGAGCCCGAGAACGAUAUGACUCUUGAGCACAAGCUGUUCUAG